GGUCUCCCAAUUGCCCACUCCCAUCAACCAAUCCCAACCCUAGAACUUUUUUCGAUAACCGACCCUGUCCAUCAAGCUCGCUCCCACCCUCACUCCCGAUUGCGAACCUCUACGACCGCACCGUCACCAAUCCAACAUCCCCGUCCCCCGGGACGACGACGACGACAACAACAACAACACAUCCCGCCCAUCAUGGCGACCCCCACCAACCCCUCAACCUUCAUCCAACUAGCGCAAUCCCUCCCCGCCCGCCUCAAGACCUUUCUGGCGCGCUACCCCCCCCUAUCCAUCCUCCCCCUCGGCGCGGCCCACGCUCCGAGCAAGGCCCUCACCUUUUACCAGCGCGAGACCCCCAACCCGUUCCUCCCGCGGAAGCACCCUGUGACCGGCAAAUGGCACGACCCAAAAUACUCCCUGCGCAGACAGGCUGAGCUUGUCAAGUUGGCGAGGGAGCACGGAGUGGAGGAGUUGCUGCCUUAUACGGAGAAGGGGACGGAGACGAGACUGGCGAAGAGGGUGGAGUUUGGGUUGAGGGUGAAGGGUACUGGUUUGGGUGAGAAGGUCAAGGGUCAUAAGCAUGAGAGGGUGCUGGUCGCAAAGAUGGAGAAGAGGAGGAAGGCUAUGCUUGAGAUGCCUGGGCUUAUUAGGGAGUGGAAGAAGGUUGGGAAGCGCAGCUGGAGCAAGUUCCCCAGGUAA